AUGAUACUUGCCGACAUAAUGCGCACCGGCAACAAGAUGCGACAGAGCGCGCCCGGCGCCGGCGUGCCCAGGGUACUCACCACCCUGCUCGAGCCGGGUGCGGGCGCGCCUCCGGAGCUGGAGGAGGUGGCCGUGGGGGCACUGGCCGAGCUUGCCUCGUGGGAUGCGUCCGAGCCCGCGACGGACACCUCGCAGUAUUUCGCACCUUAUCACGGAAUUGUCUGCGCCCUGGUCCAAUACCCAGUGCUCAGCGUGCUGGCGCACGCGCUUGAGAAGAAAGGGUCAUCGCUCACUCUCAAGGCUCACGCGGCGCGCGGGGUGCUGGCGCAUGCAACGCUGGGGGUCCCCAUGACUGGCAAGGAUCAGGCGUACCUAGGCACGCUGCUGCUGCGGGCGCUGAAGGAGGGCGUUGCGGCUGUCGUCCAGAAGCAUUACGUGUCAGACAAGGCCGUCGCAUCGGUGCGCUGGGCAGCGGCAGCGCUCGCCGCGCUGCUGUCCGCGGAAGGCGCCGGCGUUGGACUGCGCCGGCAGCUCAGCAGCGACGGCGCAGAUGCGGUCCCGCUACUCAUCGCGCUGCUCGAGACGCCGAACAAGCCUGUCGCUGCAGACGCCGCAGCCGCUGCGGCGUUGGGCGCGCUGGCGCACUGCGAUGAACUGCGGCUGGCGAUCGUCGAGGCCGGCGCGCUGCCGCACCUGGUGGCCCUCCUCGUGCCGCGGUGGGCUCGCUUUGACGAGCAGAGCCUGCCCGCAGCCGCGGCCGCGGCGGACGCGCUGUGGCGCCUGGCCAAGGCCGGGGACAGUCUGGUUGAGAGGCUGCACACCGACGCCGAGUUUUCAGAGUCUGGCAUUCUGUUGACGGCGCUGCGGGCGUCAAGGGAGCUCAUGAAAUGCAAGCACACACAUCAGGAACUCGCCGAUACGGGUGUGAUCGCCGCGGCGCUGCAAGUGAUCUCGGUGGACGUCGGGCGCGGCGACGACGGCCCGGAGGCGGUCGCAGCGGCGCUGAUCAGCGACGCCGCGAGCAGCGAGGGCCCGCUGCGGGGCGCGGUGAUCGUGGAGGUUCUGCCUCUAGUCGCGCGCCUGGCCGGUGCCGGCGGCGGGGCAGCGGCGCGCGGCGCAGUACGCGCGGCGGAGCGGCUGACCAAUUGCUGCGAAGAGCUCGACAAGCCGCUGCUCGCGGCGGGCGCCGCGCCGGCGCUGGUCGCGCGGCUGUGGGAUCGUGAUGUGGCGGGCGCGGAGGACGCUGCGUGGGCGAUCCGCAACCUCGCAUCUUGCUGA